GCUCGUAUAGGGUCGUACUUACGCUCUGUUCGUACUUUGAUGGAUGGGCUUUGAAUCUUUAAAACGGUAUGUCAAUUUAGCCUCACCCCGCAUCCCCACACCUCCAUAUCUUUCAGUCACACUUUUUCCCGGAAUGGGAAUCUACCCGUUCAUACAACUACAUAGGUACCAGGGGUUCAAUUUCACAAUAGGAAAUGAUCUCUCACACGACCUCAGGACCCGACUAAUCCAAGACCACUAUUAAACUUUCCCAUCCACUCUAGAGUUCAAUUUUAGAAUAUUGACCAAUCUAUUUCGAAUUUGGCCAGCUUAUUCUUUUGGCGCCGGCAAAUGGGAAACUCUGCGUUCCAUCAAGUAAGGCACCAUUCUUAUGGCUAGUCGGCGGUGGAUGCGAGAUGUCGAGCUAUGAGAGAUUAAGUGAUAAGAAGAGGGUCAGGUGGAUAAUCCUAUAGUCACUGACCGAGGAAGCACAUGUUGGAGAGAUGAAAAUUUACUAAAUUUCCUUCUGAAAAUGAAAGAUAAUGGAGCCCUGAUAUUUGUUAUAAUUCGAGGAAAGAUCGAAGUGUUGGCCUUCCAUUCUCGGUAGUCUCCACUCAUUAUCCUACUUUCUUUCUGGUUUCCGAAAGAGCCACAUCCCAAUUCAUCAGUCAUGAAGCUUUCGCUGGUAUCAAUUUUUGCUCUUCUAUCAACCACAUUUGCUCUUCCAGUCGAAAAUGUCGAGCGAGAUGUACCAAUUGAAGAAAGAGCUGCAGCUCCAACAGUAACAAUUGCAUCACCAGCAGCUACAAUUAUUGGAGGUGCUGGCGUAAUUGUCGAAACCUUUGCUGGUGUUCCAUUUGCCAAACCGCCCGUUGGUGCACUUCGACUUAAACCACCUCAACCUAUCACCUCUGCGUUGGGCACAAUCAAAGCAACAGCCCAAGCAGCUUCUUGUCCUCAAUUCUUCUUUAGCACUACUAUCAAUGAUGCCAUUCCUACAUCAGCACUAGGUCUUCUCCUUAAUACACCAGUUUUCCAACAAGUUCUCAAUGCUGGAGAAGAUUGUUUGUAUUUGAAUAUUCAAAGACCAGUUGGUACAACUGCUUCAUCUAAAUUACCAGUCUUAUUUUGGAUUUUUGGAGGAGGCUUUGAAUUGGGAGGAACAGGGAUGUAUGAUGGAUCUUCGUGGGUAGCGGAAAGUAUUGCGGAGGGCAAACCGAUUAUUUUUGUUCAAGUGGCUUAUAGGGUUGGCGGAUUUGGAUUUUUGCCUGGAGCGGAAAUUUUGGCGGAUGGUAGUGCGAAUUUGGGGUUGUUGGAUCAGAGAUUGGGAUUACAAUGGGUCGCUGAUAACAUUGCUUCCUUCGGUGGUGAUCCAUCCAAGGUAACUAUUUGGGGAGAAUCAGCUGGUGCAAUCUCAGUCUUCGACCAAAUGGCUUUAUAUGGAGGUGACAACACAUACAAAGGCAAAUCAUUAUUCCGUGGAGCCAUUAUGAAUUCAGGAAGCAUAGUUCCAGCAGAUCCAGUCGAUUGUCCAAAGGGACAAAUCAUUUACGACAACGUCGUAGCUUCAGCAGGAUGUUCAGCCGCAGCCAAUACACUAACUUGCUUACGAGGCGUGCCCUAUUCUACUCUUCUCAACGCAACCAACUCUGUUCCUGGUCUCCUUAGUUAUUCGUCCAUCGCACUAUCUUAUCUUCCUCGCCCAGAUGGUACGGCUCUUACUAAAUCACCAGAUCUUCUCCUCGCAUCAGGAAACUGGGCAAAGGUCCCCUUUAUAAUUGGCGAUCAAGAAGACGAAGGAACAAUCUUUGCUCUUUUCCAAAGCAACAUUUCUACAACCGCUCAACUUACAACCUAUUUCUCCGAUUUCUUUUUCCACAAUGCACCUACUUCUGUCCUCACCGGUCUCCUCAACACAUACCCCAAUGACUUGAUCUCUGGUUCCCCUUUCCGAACGAUCUUAUUGAACAAUUGGUAUCCCCAAUUCAAACGUCUAGCCGCCAUUCUUGGAGAUCUCACGUUCACCCUCACUCGUCGUGUAUUCCUCCAAACUGCAUUAAAGGUCGCACCAACUGUUCCCUCCUGGUCUUAUCUCUCAUCCUAUGAUUACGGAACCCCUGUUCUCGGCACCUUCCACGGCUCAGAUAUUCUACAGGUCUUCAACGGUAUCAAACCAAAUUAUGCGGCUAGUGCUAGCAAAGCAUACUAUUUGAGUUUUGUAAAUACUUUGAACCCGAAUAACGGGACGAGCAGUGCAUAUGCGAAUUGGCCACAAUAUAACAAUGGAGCAAAGUUGUUGAAUUUGUAUGCGGAUUUUGGGGGUUUUAUAAGUGAUACCUUUAGGAGCACGAGCUUUGAUUAUAUAGUGGCUAAUUUGCCGAGCUUUUAUAUUUGACCCGGUGAUGAUAGGAUUGAUGAGGGUGAAUUGGCACGACAUUUUGGGUGGAGUUGGUAUUUGAGAGGAAGAUAUGAAUGACGAGCAAGAAAAGCAUAGUUUGGUUAUGUUUCAUAAUAUCAAAUUAUCUAGCUCCCUAUAAUGUUAAAACGUUUUUUCAAAGUCGCCGAAUCUUAUAGCAAGUAAAGGAAAUUAUUAUCUGCAGAA